UGUCAAUGCGUUGAGUUUGCGAUGCUGUAGGUAAGGAUGUUCCUGAUAAAGGUUGAAUGACGUCAAGGAUCAGUCAAGUAAGUAAAACGCCCCGCAUCUUUGGGUCUUUUUACCACGGUUGCUGCUGCAAGAGGAUUUCGCAAAUGUUCAUUUAAGGGGGACCUCAAACGUUUGUCUAUUUUUCCCACCGCAGAACGAGUCCUUCUUUUCGCUCGUUCUUUUGUGGACUUUAACAAUGGGAAGAUUAGACACUCUCAGAUCAUUUAAUUUAUUAACAUGGCUGAGAGAGGAGAGGCAAUCAAGGAAGUUGAUUCUGGUUAUUGUGUUCAUCGCCUUGCUAUUGGAUAAUAUGCUUCUCACGGUGGUCGUACCCAUCAUUCCCAGUUAUCUAUAUACCACUGAUACCAACACUGUCAAGAAUCACACCACCUCACCACACAACUCUUCCGGAACCUUCCAGACCAUUGUGUCCCUGUAUGACAACUCAGUCAGGGUGACCAGCGGGGAACCCGCUGAUACCAGACCCUUAGGUGGGACCAUCCCUCCCCCUACUACCACCCUUGUGCCCCAGAACAGCUCUGACUGCAUCACAAAUGAUGACCAGCUUCUUAAUGAGAACGUCAAAGUGGGACUGCUGUUUGCCUCCAAGGCUACUGUACAGCUGAUCACCAACCCCUUCAUAGGGCCACUAACCAACAGAAUAGGGUACCAGAUUCCCAUGUUUGCAGGCUUUUGUAUCAUGUUCCUCUCGACCAUUAUGUUUGCCUUCUCAUCGAGCUACGCUCUGCUGUUCCUGGCCAGAUCCAUGCAAGGUGUCGGUUCUUCAUGUUCUUCUGUGGCUGGAAUGGGGAUGCUGGCCAGUGUGUACACGGACGAUGAGGAGCGAGGAAAUGCUAUCGGCAUAGCGCUGGGUGGCCUUGCUAUGGGAGUACUGGUGGGCCCACCAUUCGGGAGUGUGAUGUAUGAGUUUGUAGGGAAGACAGCUCCCUUCCUUAUCCUGGCAGUUCUGGCCUUGUUGGAUGGAGCUUUACAGCUCUUCAUUCUCCAGCCUUCCAAGGUAGAGCCAGAGAGUCAAAAAGGAACACCACUAUUGACUCUCAUGAAGGAUCCAUACAUUCUUAUUGCGGCAGGUUCCAUUUGUUUUGCAAACAUGGCCAUCGCGAUGCUGGAACCAGCCCUACCCAUCUGGAUGAUGGAGACCAUGUGUGCAAGGAAAUGGCAACUAGGUGUCGCCUUCGUGCCAGCCAGCAUCUCCUACCUUAUUGGAACCAACAUCUUUGGUGUAAUGGCCCACAAGAUGGGGAGAUGGCUGUGUGCUCUUAUUGGAAUGCUCGUCGUGGGGAUAAGCAUCAUGUGUGUUCCUCUUGCCAAAGACAUCUAUGGUUUAAUAAUUCCCAAUUUUGGAGUGGGCUUUGCCAUUGGUAUGGUGGAUUCUUCUAUGAUGCCCAUCAUGGCUUAUCUGGUGGACUUGCGACAUGUGUCAGUCUAUGGCAGUGUAUAUGCCAUCGCUGAUGUGGCUUUCUGCAUGGGCUUUGCUAUUGGUCCAUCUAUUGGGGGACCCAUAGCAGAAACCAUUGGUUUUCCCUGGCUUAUGACUAUCAUCGGGCUUGUGGACAUCCUCUUUGCUCCACUAUGCUAUUUCCUCAGGAGUCCACCUGGACAAGAGGAAAAAAUGGCCAUUUUGAUGGACUCCAACUGCUCAAUGAAGACCAGGUCGUAUUCCACUCAGGGAACAUGCUACCAAGGCGAUGAUAUGGAACCAGAAUAUGAUGACGAAUAACAGUCCCCAACCAUGUAUGUUAACCCUCCAGAGGAUCUAUUUUGUUGUACGGAAAAAAAAACUGAGAAAAUAUAAAAUAGUAACAACGAAGCAAAACAGCCAAGCCGUUUCCGUGUGAAUGUCUUGCCUUUGGUCUUCACUGUUAUGUGUCAUUGUUAGCGUUUUUACGACUGGAGCAAACCAAAGUUGUUUUCUGUGCCCUGUGGUCAAAUGCUGAUGCUUGAUGAGGGUCAUUUUUAGAUAACAGCCUUAUCAUAGUGAGGAGGAACACAUGUAAAAACAGGGUUGUAUGUGCCAUCAGAGGGAGUUGGUCACUUCAUCUGAGGGUGAGUAAUCACCUGUUUCUGUAGAGUUGUUUGUUAGGAUUAAACAUCUGUCUUAAUUCACCUUUUCGCCAUUAAUAGUUUUACACACCUGACAGUGCUGCGAUUCUUUGAAUACAGGACAUAAUACGAUUCUGAUGGAAGACAGAAUGUUCUUUAGAAACAGACUUUGGAUUAGAUUCAGCAACUCAAAGCACUGUGAGGAAAUGAUGUGGGUAUUAUUUUAUUGGUCCACUCAUUUUAGACAAAAAAAGUCUGAAAUUGUAUUUCAUCCUUUUAUCUUUUUUUAUUCUUGAGUCAGGGGUAAUUUUAUUCAGUGUUUGCCUGGAAAUUAACUUGCUAUGUUAAAUGAUGUACUUUCAAAAGCAGUUCUGGGUUAAUUGUCCCCCUCUGGAGUUUUCAUCAUGAGCACAUUGGAUAACGACGGCAUUGUCGAUUUAGAUGUGGCUAAUUGUUGAACGUUUUUGGUAGGCCUUUAGAAUGUGUGAAAAGGAACACCCACUUCUGGGAUGACUUUCUGUCAUAAAUACAUUUAUUUGUAUUUGCCUGUUCUGUUUUUAACACAAUUUGUGACAUUAUGCUCUGGUGGACGUGUUAGACAAUGGAAAUGCAAUACAAUUUUUUGACAAAAUGAUGAUCUGCAGGAUGUUGAUCAUGAUACAUAUUGACACUUGACAUAAUAAACCAUUCAUUGAUUA